AUGGGCGGCGCCCACCAGCCCGCUACUCCGGGGCCCAGCUCGCUAUUUAUAUUCUCCGACGAAAAUCCUAUACGGAGGUAUACAAAGUUCAUUAUCGAGUGGCCACCCUUCGAGUACGCGGUGCUGCUUACCAUCAUCGCCAACUGUGUGGUGCUGGCGUUGGAGGAGCAUCUGCCGAACGGCGAUAAGACCAUCUUAGCACAGAAUCUGGAAAAGACCGAGGCGUACUUUUUAGGGAUAUUUUGUGUAGAAGCCUCGUUAAAAAUUUUAGCCUUAGGUUUUGUUUUACACAGAGGAUCGUAUCUUAGAAACGUUUGGAACAUAAUGGAUUUUUUCGUUGUAGUAACUGGGUCGAUGACGAUUUUCGCCGAAUACAACGUGGACGUUGAUCUCCGGAUGCUGCGCUCGUUCAGAGUGCUGCGCCCUCUGAAGCUCGUCUCGCGGAUACCAAGUCUGCAAGUUGUAUUGAAGUCCAUCAUCAAAGCAAUGGCCCCGUUGCUACAAAUCGGCCUUUUGGUGCUUUUUGCAAUUGUCAUAUUCGCCAUUAUUGGUCUCGAAUUUUACUCGGGGGCUUUACAUAAGACUUGUUAUAGUUUAGAGGAUAUAAAUGAAAUAGUAAAUGAUGGAGACAAUCCAACACCAUGCAAUGCAGAUAAUGAGACACUUGCCCCCUACGGUGCGCAUGUGUGUGGCUACGACAAAAGCACAUGUUUGGAGAAGUGGGAAGGACCUAACAGAGGAAUCACGUCCUUUGACAACAUUGGAUUUGCUAUGCUUACUGUCUUCCAGUGUAUUACUAUGGAGGGAUGGACAGCUAUACUCUACUGGACGAAUGACGCCUUAGGUAGCACAUUUAACUGGAUUUACUUUGUGCCUCUAAUAGUAUUGGGUUCAUUCUUCAUGCUCAACUUAGUUCUUGGUGUCCUUAGCGGAGAGUUCUCUAAUGAAAGAACUCGAGUCGAACGUCGAGCUCAGUUUCAAAAGGAAAGAGCGAGGCAAAUGUUUAACCAAGACUUCACGGGGUACAUUAGCUGGAUUACUGAAGCAGUAGAAUUUGUAUUAACGCUAUUUUCCAGUGAGUUUGCUAAAGAAAGAGAGAAAGUAGAAAAUAGACAAGAAUUUCUUAAAAUAAGAAGACAACAAAUGCUAGAGAGAGAACUCAAUGGUUAUGUUGAGUGGAUUUGUAAAGCAGAGGAAGUAAUAUUAGCGGAAGAAAGAACAACAGAAGAGGAAAGAAUGCAUAUUAUAGAAGCCCGAAGAAGAGCAGCAGCAAAAAAGAAGUUAAAGAACCUUGGGAAGAGUAAAAGCACAGACACAGAAGAGGAAGAACAGGAUGAAGACUGUGGCGAUGACGGGUUCUUGAAAAGCAAAACAAGAUCAGCAGGAAAAUGCGCUGACUUCUGGAGGAAAGAAAAAAGAUUUAGGUUUUGGAUCCGUCACACCGUCAAAACUCAGUGGUUUUACUGGUUCGUCAUAGUUUUGGUGCUCUUUAAUACAAUAUGUGUAGCGGUUGAGCACUAUAGACAACCUAAGUGGCUUACUUCGUUUUUAUACUAUGCCGAAUUUGUGUUCUUGGGGCUGUUCAUGAUGGAAAUGUGGAUCAAAAUGUAUGCUCUCGGUCCACGGAUUUACUUCGAAUCAUCGUUUAAUCGCUUCGAUUGCGUAGUCAUAUCUGGCUCCAUAUUCGAAGUGGUUUGGUCCGAAGUAAAGGGUGGCUCGUUCGGUCUGUCAGUUCUAAGGGCUCUUAGAUUGUUAAGGAUAUUUAAGGUCACAAAAUACUGGUCAUCUCUGAGAAACCUUGUGAUAUCUCUUCUAAAUUCGAUGAGAUCCAUUAUCUCUCUAUUGUUUCUUCUCUUCUUGUUCAUUCUCAUCUUCGCAUUGCUGGGAAUGCAGUUAUUUGGCGGUCAAUUUAAUUUCGAAGAAGGCACGCCACCUACAAACUUCAAUACAUUCCCAAUCGCUUUACUUACUGUCUUCCAGAUCCUAACGGGGGAGGAUUGGAAUGAAGUUAUGUAUCACGGUAUCCAAUCCCAAGGUGGCAUACAAAAAGGAAUGUUGUACUCUUUAUAUUUUGUCAUCCUCGUGCUGUUUGGUAACUACACGCUGCUAAACGUGUUUCUUGCCAUCGCUGUUGACAACUUGGCGAAUGCACAGGAAUUGACAGCAGCUGAAGAAGAACAGGUAGAGGAAGACAAGGAGAAACAAUCGCAGGAAUUGGAGAAAGAAAUGGACGCUUUACACGCGAUUGACGGAACUCCAAGUGGAGACAAACUUCCGGCAUCAGCUAGGAAGAAGGAAGAAAAGAAAGAGGAUGAGGAAGUACCGGAUGGACCAAAACCAAUGCUGCCAUAUUCGUCCAUGUUUAUUUUGUCACCUACAAAUCCAAUAAGACGAGGCGCACACUGGAUUGUAAAUUUAAGAUAUUUUGAUUUUUUUAUCAUGUUAGUUAUAUGUAUGAGUUCUGUGGCGUUAGCAGCAGAGGACCCUGUAGUCGAAGAUAGUGAUAGAAAUACUGUGCUAAACUACUUUGACUACGCUUUCACGGGCGUGUUCACCGUGGAGAUGCUGCUGAAGAUAGUCGAUCUCGGCAUCCUGUUCCAUCCAGGCGCCUAUCUGCGGGACCUGUGGAAUAUCAUGGAUGCCGCUGUCGUCAUAUGCGCACUCGUUAGUUUCGGCUUUGAAAUUGGAGGCGUAAAGAAGGGGGCGGGGCAAAAUCUGUCCACAAUAAAAUCGUUAAGAGUGUUGAGAGUGCUCAGACCUUUAAAAACUAUUAAACGUGUUCCAAAGUUAAAAGCAGUGUUUGACUGUGUCGUGAACUCUUUGAAGAACGUGAUAAACAUUCUAAUAGUGUACAUAUUGUUUCAAUUCAUAUUCGCUGUAAUUGCAGUUCAACUUUUUAAUGGUAAAUUUUUUUUCUGCAACGAUAUCAGUAAGAAUACCUUCGAAGACUGCCAAGGGUCGUAUUUCGUGUACGAGUCAAACAGCCUGCUGCCGCGUGUGAGCAAGCGACAGUGGACGACACAAUCCUUUCACUACGACAAUGUUGCAUCGGCCAUGCUCACGCUUUUCGCGGUGCAGACCGGAGAGGGAUGGCCACAAGUGCUUCAAAACUCAAUGGCCGCGACGUAUGAAGAUCGGGGACCUAUACAGAACUUUCGAAUAGAAAUGUCCAUAUUUUAUAUAGUUUACUUUGUAGUGUUUCCGUUCUUCUUCGUUAACAUUUUCGUAGCUUUGAUUAUUAUUACAUUUCAAGAACAGGGUGAAGCUGAGUUACAAGAUGGAGAAAUCGAUAAGAAUCAGAAAUCGUGUAUUGACUUUACGAUAGAAGCGAGGCCUUUAGAAAGGUAUAUGCCAAGUAAAAGGGGGAGCCUUAAGUACAAAGUAUGGAGAGUGGUCGUCUCCACACCCUUUGAGUACUUCAUCAUGUCACUGAUCGUGCUUAAUACGUUAUUGCUUAUGAUGAAGUUCUAUAAUCAAAACGAUCUCUACUCGGAUAUCCUCAAGUAUUCGAAUAUGGGGUUUACUGGAAUGUUUUCUGUGGAAACUGUGUUGAAAAUCAUCGCUUAUGGUGUCAAAAAUUUUUUCAAAGAUCCGUGGAAUACUUUUGAUUUCAUAACGGUCAUUGGAAGUAUUAUUGACGCCCUAAUCAUGGAAUUUGGAGAAAACACAUUCAACGUUGGUUUCCUCCGCCUGUUCCGAGCCGCGCGACUGAUCAAGCUGCUCCGACAGGGUUACACCAUUCGAAUACUGUUGUGGACUUUCGUGCAGAGUUUCAAAGCCUUACCCUACGUGUGCCUUCUCAUCGCGAUGUUAUUUUUCAUCUACGCAAUCAUCGGAAUGCAGGUGUUCGGAAAUAUAGAUUUAGCGGCAGAGUCUGAUAUGAACAGACACAACAAUUUUCGGAGCUUUAUUCAAGCUCUCAUGUUACUAUUUAGGUGUGCUACGGGUGAAUCCUGGCCAAAUAUAAUGUUGGCAUGUUUAAAGCCUGCCAAAUGUGAUAAAGAAGCCGGGAAGUCACCGUCCGAGAUGUGUGGCAGUACACUUGCAUAUGCCUACUUCGUGUCCUUUAUAUUUUUCUGUUCCUUUCUGAUGUUGAAUCUUUUCGUUGCCGUCAUUAUGGAUAAUUUCGAUUACUUAACAAGGGAUUCAUCAAUUCUCGGAGCGCAUCAUCUAGACGAAUUUGUUAGGAUAUGGGCUGAAUAUGACCCAAAUGCCACGGGGAAGAUCCACUAUACAGAAAUGUAUGAUAUGUUAAAAAAUAUGGAUCCGCCGCUGGGGUUUGGAAACAAAUGUCCCAAUAGAUUAGCAUAUAAAAAAUUAAUUAGGAUGAAUAUGCCAUUAGAUGAAGAAGGCAAAGUAAAUUUUACGACAACGCUGUUUGCAUUAAUUCGAGAGAAUCUUAGUAUAAAAAUGAGAACAGCUGAAGAAAUGGACCAAGCCGAUGAAGAACUUAGGGAAACAAUAACCCGGAUUUGGCCGCUGCAAGCGAGGAAAAUGUUGGACCUGUUAGUUCCUCGUAGCGAUGUCUUAAAUGGCAGAAACCUUACCGUUGGAAAAAUCUAUGGAGGUCUCCUCAUACUCGAGAGUUGGAAGUCCACUAGGUUUGGCCAGAAUGAACCCUCUGGUCUGCCGAAGGCGUCCUUCUUUAACUGCUUGCUCGACGUGGCGGCAACGGGUCUGGGCCACGGAUCUCGAACAGGCUCCUUAAGUCAAGAAGGACAACCAAUUACUGUUCCUACAACGGAAGGUGAUGACACGCAUACUAUAAUGGACCUUGCAAGAAGAAGUACAAGGAAACCCCACAAAAACAACAACAAAAAGGUGUUAGAAUUACAAGAUGUUGGAUCCCACCAUGCUUCCUUGGAGUCUUUAGACGAAGGAAGACUACAAGCAAGUCAUGUCUAUCAAAAUGGACACCACGGAAGAUCAUCUAGUUUAAGACGCACACCAAGUCCCAGAAGACGACAUUACGGAGGUUAUCAUCAUGAAAUCGGUUUCUCUGACACCGUCAAUAAUGUCGUCGAGAUAGUAAAACACGAACAUCAAAGACACGGACGGACACACAGGGCGCCUCAUCAUUACCAUGGUAUUCCUGACAGCAGGGAAGGAGUGGAGGGCGCCCUAUCCCACGACCAGCCUGAGCCUGCCCUCGCGGUCGCCCAGCCCGCCCCACCACACCUACGGACAGUCUGGGCACCCAUAGGUGGCGACCGAGAUCGCGAUAAAGACCGCGAGUGGCGAGAGUGGCGCGACCGGUCGUGGGAGCGCGAAGGCGGGCGAAGAGGCCGCGGACGCCAGCUACCGCCCACGCCCACCAAACCGUCCACGCUGCAGGUCAAGCAGCCGCCCCUCGCCAGAAUAAGCCACAGCCCCUCACACUUAUCGUUAAGGCAUACAGCACGAGAACCUUUAGAGCCUCUACACGAUGAGUAUGAAUAUGGGCGGGAAGUUGAAAGACUGAUACACCGAGACUAUAGAUCUAGGGAAAGGCGCGGUUGGGGCUACGAGAGCGAACGCGGCGUACGCACGUACGACGCGCCGGCGCCGCUAAGUUACGAGGCAGCGCUGGCAAUGGGGCGCGGCGGCGGCGCACGGGCCCUGCCUUCGCCUAGCGGCACGCGACUGCCCAAUGGGUUCAAGCCGCGCACGCGCCACUCGGACUCUGACGAGGACGACUGGUGCUAG